AUGGCGGACGGAGGAGCAGCGAGUCAAGAUGAGAGUUCAGGACCAGAUGCUAAAGUGAAUAAUCAGUCAGAAACUACUAAAUGUGCAAUGGAAAGUGGUGACGGGAACACCGGAAUCCAAAUCAAUGGAUUGGACUUUCAGAGGCAGACGGUGCCAACCACAAGUGCAAUCACUAAUGCACAUGCACAAGCCCUCCUCCAACAGUUGACCCUGACCCCAGCGCAUCAGCAGCUGUUGAUCCAGCAGGCACAAGCUCAGCUCCUGGCUGCAGCCGUGCAACAUUCAGCUAACCAGCAGAACAGCACCACUGGGGCCAGUAUCUCAGCCUCCGCAGCCACACCCAUCACCCAGCUACCCCUGUCACAGCCAAUCCAGAUUGCUUCUGAGAAUUGCUUGACUUCCAUAUCAGAAGACUGCCUGACACUUGGUUUCUACUUAAAGACAUUGAUGCAGCUACAGCAGCAGAAUCUUAGCCUGCCUCAGUUUGUCCUUCUGCAGCCCGGCCACCCGAUCGCCACACCAAUGCCGACCACUCAGUUCAUCAUCUCACAGACACCGCACACCCAAGCAGGCAUAUUACAAUCCCCGAGUCUUCUAACUCAACUACCUCAACCAACCAACCUAAGCCAACCGAACCUCCUGCCGAGUCAACCAAGCAUCAACCUCACAACUCAGCCUGCAACCCCAACCCGCACAACAGCAGCCACACCUAUUCAGACACCACCCAAACGGUUGGAUACCCCCACUCUGGAGGAGCCUAGUGAUCUGGAGGAGCUGGAGCAGUUUGCCAAGACCUUCAAACAGAGGCGGAUCAAACUGGGCUUCACGCAGGGCGACGUUGGCCUGGCCAUGGGGAAGCUGUACGGAAACGACUUCAGCCAAACUACCAUCUCUCGCUUUGAGGCCUUGAAUCUGAGCUUUAAGAACAUGUGUAAACUCAAGCCAUUGCUGGAAAAGUGGCUCAAUGAUGCAGUUUGUGCAGAGAACCUGACAUCUGACCAGGGCCUGUCCAGCCCCAGUGCCCUCGGCUCCCCGGGCAUGGGCAUAGAGGGGAUCAACCGCAGACGAAAGAAGAGGACCAGUAUUGAGACCAACAUCCGAGUGGCCUUAGAAAAGAGCUUUCUUGAGCAGAACCAAAAACCUACCUCUGAGGAGAUCACCAUGAUCGCUGACCAGCUCAACAUGGAGAAGGAGGUGAUUCGGGUCUGGUUCUGCAAUCGCCGGCAGAAAGAGAAGAGGAUUAACCCCCCGAGUAGUGGCAACAGCGGAGGAUGCAACAACCCCAUCAAAACCAUCUUUACACCCAGUAGUCCUUUGGUGGCCAGCACAGCGAGCCUUGUGAGCAGUCCAACUAUUAACACACCCACCACUCUGACUGUAAAUCCAGUGAUGCCUCUCACCAGCACCAGCGUCUCCAGUUUGUCUUUCACAGGGACGACAGUUGGAGCCACAAACACUGCAUCUGUCAUAUCCACUGCACCUAUGGUUACCACAGUAGCCAGUUCUCCAUCAUUAAGCCCGUCACCAACGAGUAUUCAGUCUACGACCGCGGAGAGUAAAGCUGGCAUUCAUGCGCACACCAUCGUCACCCAGGCCCCAACAUCCAUAGCCACCUCUUUAGGGACAGGUCAGGUGAUGGUGGCUUCAGGGCUGUCUGCAGCACUGCAGGGUGCCCAGUUACCCACCAGCAUUGCUGCUAUGGCUGCUGCCGCAGGGCUCAACCCAGGACUGAUGGCCUCCUCCCAGUUCACCCCAGGUGGGGCCCUGCUCAGUCUGGCUCCUGGUGGCCUUGGCAGCGCGCUGAGUCCUGCCCUGAUGAGCAACAGCACCCUGGCCACCAUACAAGCUCUGGCAUCGGGUGGGACAAUCCCCAUCACCUCUCUGGAUGGUGGUAACCUGCUGUUUGCCAACACCUCUGCUGGUAACACACCCAACCUGGUGACCACGCCGCUCUUCCUGAACCCCCAGAACCUCCAGAACCUAUCGCUGCUCACCAGCAACCCCGUCAGCCUGGUGUCGGCCGGGUCGGGGGGGCUGCAGCUCACUGCUGAUGCUCAUCAAGCCACCACGGCUGCUGUGCCUGUGCAAGCCUCGACCAUUACCACUGCCUCCAAGGCUCAGUGAAGCCAGUUAGGCUGCAUCCAGAUUUAAUGCCCUAUCCCUCAUGUCGUGCACUACUCUCACUACACCAUGUAGGGAAUAGGGGAGGUCGUUUGAUAUAGGCGCCGCGCUUCACUAACCACCCCAUGUUCUUUCCAUUGUAUCUAUCAUUAUUUAAUCCUUUUGCUGCCACCAAAAAGAAUAUGACCUCAGAUGAGGUUGGGGUUGACUUUUUGUUUUGUAGUUUGUUUCCCCUCUUUCUCGUUAUUGUUCUUGGAUGUUUUUUCCACAAACAGUAGCCAGAUGGACACUGUUGUUGGCCUGCCGCUCCUCAUGAACCUUGACAAGUGUCCAGGAAGAAAAUAUCCUCGGUACCAUCAAGCUGUUCACAUUUUGUACAUAUGUCCUUCCUAUUUCCAGCUCAGAAUUUUCUCUGAAAUACUUCUAACCAAAAACUUUAGGAUUUUUCUCUUUAAACAUUCAAACUUAACUGAUUUUACUACUAAUUUCACAAUAUUCAUCAUCACUAAUGGGGAUUUGUGUGUCACCCCAUCUUCAAUUAUCUCUUUUGAGUUUUUGGACAGGCCUUGAUGUAAAUCAUAUCAAAGUUAUAUUUUAGAGACUUUUUUUUUUCAUUUAUCUUUUACUGUCUGUAUUUUUUGACAUUUUCAGAACUUUGUAAGUCUAAUAAGUUAAGAUUUAACUAUCAAUUUUUAAUCGUGGUUAUAAGGCUUUAAAAACAAGUAAUAAGUGGCCGAUACAAAGGUUAUCAUUGCUUUAAGGGUCAGAGAGACCAGGUGUGUCUCUCUGAGUCUCUCUUUCUGGAAACACUGAGUUUUACAUUUUGCCUUGGUGACGCAGUAGCUACCAAGCUUUUGUAAUAUGAAGGUGUUGGUGCGGAUUAUAGACACUGAUAGGAAAUGACUGAAAAUGUAACUGAGAGCUUUAAAAAGUGCUGCAGACAUGCAGUCCUGUGUUGGAUUGAGGAUUUGUUUUGGAUGGUGAUCCAUUGGAAUAAAUGUACAUUAUGUUUUGGAUUCAAAGGUAGGAAGUAGAAGUCUGCAUGUGUUGUCUACAGCUCAGGCAGAUGCUGAGAGUUCAGUAACUGCAUGACCCACAAGGCUCUGUGGCUGACCAGUCUGUUUUGAGGAGGACUUGUCAGGGGGCAUGGUCGUUGUACCAAAUAUGUGGUGGCAUUGGCUAAAUGGGGUUUAUUGUAUUGUGUUUUUAUUUUUGAUAGUAGUACCGUCGUAUCUACUUGUGCACAGUAUCUGUACCAAAAAACUGGAUUGAUGAGCUGCAGUCUGCCUGUUUAGGGAGGAAUGAAAUUCUGUCUUUUUUUUAUUUUUAUCUGCAGUCAUUUGACUGGCUUACGUACUUUAAGAUAUACCAAAAAUAUUUGUUAAAAUAAUUGCUGUGUGUAGUCAGUGUAGCUUAGUCUAGUCAAUAUAUUUAUGAGUGCAGAAUCUCUCUUCAUUGUCAA